AUGCCGAAUUUUGGUUGGCCAGCGCCGCAAAGUAAAUAUUUCUAUGCGUUCCUGUAUGCAGUGUUGUACACGGUGGCGGCGGGAAUUGCUAUUAUUGCAUUGGCCGAAUUGACUGACGAUGAUGACGAUGAAGAGAACGAGGAGGAGGUUCUAGUGAACAACGAAGAGAAUGAUGAUGACGAAGAUGAUGUCAAUCGGUGA